AUAGAUGGACAUUACUCUCGUCCAUGAUGAAAAUGGGAUGAAGUUAAGGUCCUAAACCGGUAGCUUCAUUCCUCAGUAAGAGAAAGUCAAUAAGCACAUGCUGAGUAGAAAUCUUCCUCCAUCACUUACGAUGGAAGUAUUUCGACUAGGAAUUGCCAAUUCAAACAAGGGAUUUCCACCCAUUCUCUUGCAGUAAUAAAUAAUGUAGCAUAGACCUCAGGCACCGUCUUCCCUCCCUCAGUCAAACUGGCAGGCACCAAUGGGCAGUGAAUGGGACCUAAUGCCUUCCAAAAUCAAGCAGCUGAACCGGAGUUUUUCCGGUUCCCACUGUUCGCAGCUCAAGCUCGGCCAUUUCCACCAUUUCCUACUCUUCAUUGUUGGCCUCUCCCUUGGAAUCAUAUUCAUAUACAUCACGAGCUUCUGGUUACUGGCGAUCAAUGUUCCUGCCCCUGCGUUCAUCAAGCCCUUGAUCCCAUUGCUUCCCGAUCAUCGUGACCUUCUUGAACGGGGGCAUCUGUUAUUUCCUUCGAGAUUACAGGAAUGGUCACGAGGGACCAAUGACACAAUACCUGAUCAUCAUGACAGUGUUCCUGUUUCAAAAGAGAAGGUGUCCCUGGUGCAUAACAUGAGCGAUGACGAGCUGCUGAGGAGGGCUGCGAUGGUUCAGGGGCAGGAAUUCUCGGAUGGGUCAAUAGUGCCAAAAGUGGCAUUCAUGUUCUUGACCUACGGGCCUCUGCAUCUGUCUCCCGUGUGGGAAAAGUUCUUUAUUGGGCACGAAGGCUUUUAUUCUGUUUACUGGCAUGCACGUCCUUCGUACAAUGAUGCUAUGCCGGAAGACUCUGUAUUCUAUGGCACGAGAAUUCCAAGUCAGGAGGUGAAAUGGGGGACUUCAAGCAUGAUGGAUGCUGAGAGGCGUCUACUGGCGAAUGCCCUCUUAGACCCUUCCAACCUAAGAUUCAUCCUCCUCUCAGAAUCCUGCAUUCCGCUGUUUGAUUUCAAGACUAUUUACAACUACCUCGUGAACACAAACCUCAGCCUCCAAGCGUCUUUCGACCAUCCCAGGAAGAAUGCUCGGGGCCGCUACAAUCCUCAGAUGGCCCCCACCAUAAACGUCACCAACUGGAGGAAAGGGUCCCAGUGGUUUGAGCUCCGUCGAGAUCUUGCCCACCAAGUUAUAGCGGAUCAGAAAUACUACCCGAUCUUCCAAGAAUUCUGCCACCCACCAUGCUAUGUGGACGAGCACUAUAUCCCCACCCUGUUGAACAUACUUCAACCGAGUUUGAAUUCCAACCGGACUGUGACUUGGGUCGACUGGUCGAGAGAUGGGCCCCACCCUAGGAAGUUUGGUUGGGAUGACAUGACCGAUGAGUUCCUGGACAAAAUCAGGUACGGGUCGAACUGCACUUACAGUGGCAAGUCGACCACCAUGUGCUUCCUCUUUGCUCGGAAAUUUCUACCAAGCACUCUCGAGCAGCUCCUGAGAAUCUUGCCUGUGUUGCUUGGUCUAGAUCCAUGAAAACCAUACUGUAUUGAUCCUUGACUCCUCGGCAGUUUUAUGGGGACAAUAACUCUUGAAAUUUGAUCUCCAUUCUUCCACCUAUUGCAGACCUUUAAUAUAGAGACAAGAACUUGUCAACUUCAACGGUGUGUAUUUGUCAAAAAUAUAAUAACACAAAGA